AUGGCACAUAUGGUAUGUAGGCUAUUUUCUAUACAGACAGUUAUAUUUCAGCUGCUAUAGCUAUUUCUUCAAUAUUCAACUGCUUUUUUUAGUCACUGUCUGAUUUCUAAUUAGACCAUGGCAUUUGUACAGUGUAUUUAGUUUCAUCCAUAAAAUUAGUUUGAGUUUGGAUGUACAGUAGCCUAUUUAAAAUGAAACCCCAGUAAAGAAAAACAUUUGUCUUUAUGGUCAGCUGCCUUCUUAUCCUAUAUGCUACAUUAUUGAUUGAGAGGUUUGCUUAUCCACUUCAGGGUGGUGGUAAACAGACCACCCCUCACCCUCUGGACCUGCCCGUCCGAGGAAAGAUCCCUGUUAUCUCUGGGGUCUCCAAUGUCUACCACACAACCCGGCUCUGUGAGAGGGUAAGCAGCACUAAGCGCUAUUGUUAGCACCACUAAGCACCAGGGUAAGCAGCACUAUAUCUAUUGUUAAAAUAACUUUGAAAAUUGUAAAGGGUUCAAGCUAUCAUUUCCUGUGCAUCUGCAUGUUUUACAACCAAUUCUUACACUCUCAUGAAAUAGCCUACUAUUAUUGAUGAGAUACAUCCAAUUCCACUUGACUGGGAGAAAGGUCAGAGAAAUGUAUCACUUAUCAUGUCAUCAUGUCAGUUGUUCCAGCCGAAGAGUGACUUUGACCUGACGGACCCCAACGGCUACCUGUUGAGCUCUGGGUACAGCAGCCUCCAUGACCCCAACCUCAGGAAGUACCUCCAUCGCAAAGACAUCCAUCAACGCCUCCUUAACCUGGGCUUCAUCACCAAGGAUGAGAAAGUUAGUGAGCUUUCAGCCUUUUAUAAUGAGCCCUGUUGAUUCCUUUUAUGAACUGUAUCAAAAUGUUUGGUGUGAUUCUAAGAGUUUUAGUGCACUUGGAUAGUACUGACACUACAAUAUAACAGCCCUCAGGAAAAAUAAAGUAAUCCUAAAUAGAAGUUCUUACACUUAGACCCAUCCAUGUCUCUACCAUGGAUGUAUUCUAAUUAUAUGGUCUCCACUCCCUAUUUCCCAUUCUUCAGAUUAUCUGUUCAGUCAAAGAGUUGAACCGCUAUAGAGAUCACCUGGUGGAUGUGGAGUUGGACUGGGGUCGCAGAUUCAGGACUGAACAGGUGAGUCUGGGCUUUGUGAGAGAAUUCAGAUUUCAGAUACCAGGGCUUUGAGAGAGAGAGGGCGAGUGAGAGGGAAGGAGAGAGAGCGAGAGAAAGAGACACAUUCUAGCCAUCUCGUCAUCGACUACAAUUUCUGUGACAUGAUCCUUCCCUUCUUGGUUUUAGAAAGAAUUGGUGCGCAAGUUAUAUUUGUGUUAUUUUUUUCUCUCUAAUUCCAGAAAGAGUCGGUGCGUAAGUUCCUGACCCUCCAGCAGCAGGGUCAGAUCCCUGAACAUGUGACUCUGUCUGAUGUCACAGAGUGGUUACUGCACAGGGGAAGGAGCCUCUUUAUCAAGAGACAGCAGUCCAACAGGGCCAGGUGAGACUGAGAGAGGGCACAGACAGGGAGGCUGACAGGCUACUAAGGAACCUAGGGAAUGGCUACUGUUACGGUAUAGACACAAAACAUGAGAGGAAUACAUGAGAGAUGCUGGCAUAGUACCUGAUGAGAAUAAUAUGAGUAAGAUUAAGAAAUUAAGUGCAAAACGAGUAUGGUGUGUGUGUGUCUAAUAAUACCAAAAAAGUAGCAAGGAAAAAUGCCCCAUGGAAGUUCUCUUUAUUGAUUUGUUAUGGGAGCUAUGGUGAAUGUGGCUGCACAUGGAGAAAAACCCUUACUGACACUUAUUACUUUGAUGUGUGUAAAACCUUUUAGAAGGUUCCCUUCCAACUAUGUGCUGGAGGAGGACUGUUCUCUUGCGAGACUGCCCAGUAUCGCUAUGAGGGGCAACAUGGUAGAUCUAGACUGCUGCUCUAGCUUCACCUGCAGGUCGGAACUGGUAAGACAUCAAAUCAAAUAUGAGGGGGGGAUGGAAUUCAAAUAUAGCCACAACAUCAGUAAUGAAAGCAAUACAUAAAAGUUAAUAUACAUCUCUAUAUUCCACUGAAUAGGUGAAAUAAAGUUCUGAUAUACUGUAGCAUUUUGUAACAUAAAAUUAAAAAUAACUUUUGGUACAUAUAUAUUCAGUCACUGACUUGAAAACCCUCUCUCCCUGGUCUUAGUUGUGGAAUGCUAAGGGUCGUGCGUUACUGCAGGAGGUCACCAAGGAGGUGAAGAGAGAGAUGAGGCUGGAGCAACGCUGGGUCACAAACCAGCAGGAAAAAGAGAAAAUGGUAUGGCUUUGGGUUUUCAUUUUAUGUUUCAACUCUCCUUAGUCGUGGCCAUGCUAUACUUACUAGUUCAAACUGCGGGUUAAGGAUAGCCCUGGCCUAAGAGCAUGCAGUAGGAAAAGCCAGUGUGUUUUGUUGCAAAAAGCAUCAAUGCCUUCACCAACAGAAACAAAAUACAUGGAUCCCAACUUAAAAUGAUAUUGUUUUGAUCCCUUGCUCCCAGAAACGAGAGAGACAACAGAAGAGACUGUGUCUCAAAGGCCAGAAGAAAGAGAGGCAUUCCCCAACCAAGACAGAUUCACAAGACAACCCGGAGAGCAUGGAAAACAUCCUGAUAUCAGUAUCGGAUCCUGACAACAACCAAGGUGAGACUUUCCUACUGAUGUUUGCUUUGAAAAGACAGCCAAGUCCUGAAGUAUGGUGCAAUACAUAAGCUCUUUGUAAAGGAAUUUAGCCAGUAAGAGAUGCCUUGAUGUUUUGUCUUUGUUUUUAUUCCUCAUCAGUCGACCUGGAUGGCUCCACUAGAACGAGCCCCUCUGAUCAUCAACCCUCACCUUCUCCAGUGGAACAUAAUUGUGACUUAAGGAGAGUAAGAAUCUUAAUUGAUCACUUAUAGUGGAGGUGAUUUAUUUCUGGCUAAUGUCGGAAAUAACACUAUCUGGUCAAAACUAGGGCACUACAUAGUGAAUAGGCUGUAAUUUCAGGCAAGGCCUGUGUGUUUGUAUGUGGUUAACAUGUUACUUAUGAAAAGUUGUAUUUGUGUUAUAGAAACUCUUGGCUCUGUGUCAAAACAUGGUUGAAGCAGUGAAUCAGAAAUCCAUCAUCUCUGCCCACAACCUCUGUAAGUAGGAGGCUGGGAUUCCUCUUUUUUCUUUCUGUUUAAAAUAUUUUAUGAUUUAGUAAAUCAGCAUUACAAUGAAACACCACACUGAGAUUCAGGGGUGCAACUUUGGUUUUAGAAGUGGGGACAUAUAUAUAUAUUUUUUUAUCCAGUCGGAUAAACACUCCAAGCAGCCUACCCGACUGCUCGGAGUCCGCAUGGUCCUAAAGCACACAGUUGCCUCGUUUUGUAUCACAUUCCAAUGAUAAAACUGGGGUGGACAAAAAAGCAAUUUCAGAAUGUGGGGGGGACAUGUGAAAGUUGCGCCCCUGCUGAGAUUAGUCACAGCGGCCAUUUUGUUAAUUGCAUGACAGUUGUAGCUUCAAUUUAGAGUGAAAACCAUAAUCAUUUCUUGCCAUAGGUGACUUUUAACUUACUCAUUCUAUACUUGAUGUGUAUGGUAUAAAUAGUGUUUUGUUCAUGUCUUGUAGGUGCUGAGGGCCCAGGGCUGGUUGACUCGGUCUCCUGCACCUUGGCGACCUGUGGCAGUCUGAUUGGACAAGCUGGCUCCCUUCAUUCCAUCACCCAGCAACUGUCUGAAAUGUAAAUCUGUACUUUCAAACAUUUGUAAAUGUUUGCUUUUAUAUGUAUGAAAUGUGCUGUAUAGAUAUUCAGCAAUUGAUUGAAAGAUGAAUUGACAUGUAUGGUCCACUGAGUUUUAACUGUAAAAGCUGUGGUUCAGUCCGUUUUUCUAGAGGUCUUUUUGAAUUUUUCAUGGUUUCCCUCCACAGAGAACAGAGGCUAAAGGAGGAGCAUUUCAAAGGAACUGUGAGUUUUGAUUUAUAUUCAUUCUGCGACCUACAUUAUUAGUCACUUGUCAAGUAAACGAGAACAUCUAGGUAUCAAUAUCAAAUAUAACUGUCAUUCAUGUCUACUGGAAAUACAGUCUGAAUGUUGCAUGGGUCCAGUCUGAACGAAGUUUGGAUGGAUCUUGUGUAUUGAUUGUUCAUUGCUCAUGCCAUCCUCUCUACAUAGAUCCACACUGAGGAGCUACACACUAUCAUGUGCAGUGUGGUGGUGACCGUAGUGGAGGAGGUCAACGGGAUCCUCAUCCCAGCCAUCAUGGCCUUCGAGUAUGAGCGCCUAACAGGCUCCAUCAGCACCAGUGACAUACCCAGCAGCGACGUACCCAGUGAUGUACCCAUCUACAGCAGCCCCUCCUCCUCUGACUACUACCAGACAUCCUCCUUCAGCACCAGCCUGCAGUCCUCCUCCCCUCAGAUAGGGCUGUUCAGCAAUACACCUACACCUCCCAUCAUGCCGUUCAAACCUACUACCGGUGUCAUCAGACAGGAGACAUUGACCGUGAACUUUCCUGAAGAGGCUGAUCGAGAGUCUGAGAGAGAAACUGAGAGAGAGGCCUCAGUGGACCUGGCUGCCUCCAGUAGCCCAAGCCCUUCUGUAAACCAAUCCUCGCCUUUAGAGACAAGUCCUCUGUGCUUGGGGUCUUCAGGAACCCGUUUGGAAUCUUCUGGAACCAGUCUGGGGUCUUUAGGAACCAACCUGCUGGUGAAGGUUGAGGCCAUUAUUCAGGAGGUGAUAAGGGGAGCCGUGGAUAAACUAGAGGCCGAGGGGUACAACAGGCACAUAAGAAGGGUGAGAAACAUGAGUCCUGAGGAAAAGGCUGAGAGGGUCUCCAAGAGUAUUGAGGCUGCAUCAAGAGAUAGUAGUGGUGAGAGGAGAGUCAGGGGAGUAGAGACUGUUGCAGAUAGAGUGGCUAAGACAGAAGUUCCAGAAGGGUUGACUAUUGCAGACACAACAGCCAAGACUGAACUUCUGACUAUUGAAGAUACAAUGGCAAAACUGGAGAUAAAGAAAGUAGAGAUUAUUGCUGAUGUGAUACCCAAGACUGCAAGUAAGGAGGUGGCCACUGUUGUGGACGCGAUGGAAAAGGUGGAGGCUAAGGAAGAGGAUACUCUUGCAGAUGUGAUGGCCAGGACUGAAGUUACAGAGGUGCCAACUAUUGCAGGUACAACAGCCAAGAAUGAAGUUCAGGAAGUGGAGACUAUUGCAGAUGUGAUGGUCAAGACCGAAGUCAAGGAAGUAGUUGAGAUUAACAAGAGGGACACCCAAGAGGCAAAGGUAGAGGCUAGUUUUGAGACAGAGGUCAAGCUGACUGAAGGGUUGGACAUUGACACUAAAACGGAAGAAGAAGCCAAUGCUGAGAUGAACAAAGACGAACAAGACAAUACCAUUUCAGAGAAUAACAGCAGGCGCUAUGAGCUUAUUCUAACAGCUAGAACAGAAGUCAGAGAUGAGAAAAUAGAAUCCAAGAUAGAACUCAGGGAUGAGAAUAUUGAUGCAAAGAAUGAAACUAUGGAUGCAAAGGAUUCUGUAGAGAAUGCACAUGCUGAGAAGAGUGAACACAGCCAUGGAAGCCCUGAGCUAUCUCAGUCAUCAUCAGACAAUCAUGAAGAUGGUCCUUCGAUGUUCCCCAUGAUCAGCAUGUUGAAGAGCGCUGCCCUGUCCUCGGACCAGGUUGAUGAGAUCCUAGACAAGGUAAUCUAUUGUACAGUCCCUUGUUUUUAUGCAUAGUUUAUUCUAUUGAUUCUAUGGACGUCAAGUAUUGUACUUGUUCCACCAGCCAUCAGUCCUUGGUCUAUGUGUUCUGAUGCAUGCAUGUGUAUCAAAUAAAGUGUAUUCAAUUCAAUUCAAGGUGAUCGAUGUCCUGACUGGGGAGGGCCACGAGGUCAUCUUCUCAGAGGACAGGCCAAGUAUCACCUCCAGCCCAGAGUACAGGCCAAGUAUGACCUCAAGCCCAGACUCCACGGUGUGUAUUGCCUCAAGCCCAGAAUCCAGACCAGGUCUUACCUCUAGUCCAGUGGACAGAACAAGCAGUUCCUCCAUCCCUGAGGAUAGACCAAGCAGUUAUUCUGCCACCCCAGGGUCCAGCCCCAGCAGUGAGUCCCUGUGCUGCGUGUCCGGCGGCCAGGAUCAGGAGAUUAAUGUCCAACGCCCAUCUGACCCACCUGGUAAGCUCCUAGGAGGCCAGGCCAGCACCCUGAGGUCUCUCAGCCCACUGCUGCUCAAUGAAAAGGAUCUGUCAGACAGGGAGAUAAUGCCCUAUGCCAACAGCAUUAUCAACAUUAUCAUGCAGAAGAUGCACCAUGACGAUGAUCUUUACGAGUCUGUCGGUGGCCAGAAACCAUUGUCCCCAAGAAAGCGAUCACACCCAGCUCCUCUGUCACAAUACUCUCCUCAGCACAACUCCGAGAUCCCUGUGCUUUACAUCCCCAAGAGGGCUGAUCUGAAAUCAUUGAAGUCAGUUGAUCCGAAGGCCCUGAGAGUAGUCCGGUGGGUGCUGCAGACCAUCCAGAGACGCCAUGGGUGGCUGGGUCAGGCUAACGACCACAGCAGACAAGCCAAAGAGAGCCGGCUGCUCUGUGAUGUCAUACAGGUCCUGCUUGAGAAGCUCGACCACAAGAUGCUCACUACUGGAGAUCUACAGGUGGCACCUAGCCAAACAUAUGUGCACCAUACUGACGACUGCUUCAAGACGAAGUUGCAGGAGGCUACAGUGGAACCCAUCAGCGAUAUCAUCGAACAUCUGUCCACCAACCUGCUGAGGUCUGAGUCUUGCUUCGUGCCCAAGAAAAGAUGGUCAUCGUCAAGCACCCUGGCUAAGAGUAUCUCAUUGACCAACCUGGGGAGCCGAGCUGUGGCUUCGGCUGUGGCCAUGGACAUCAGCUCCAAUGUGGUUGAGAAGCUCAAGGAGGCCUCAGGUAGCAGCAAGUCCACUUGCUCGAUUACUAGCCUUCGGGACUUUGUCAGAGCCAUGACCGUCAGCCAUCCAGAGCUCAGCCAGCAGGCCACCUCACAUGGGUCAAACAUUUACAAAGUCUACAUGGAGGUUCUGGAGAUGGUUGUGACCAAGCUGAGGAGUUUCGUCACCAAAGGGGGAUCAUUUCACAAGCCCAGAGAGCACUUGGCGCAGAAGAUGGCGGAGAGCUGCCUCGAGGUAGAAUGUGCUUUCAUGGAGAUUCUGCAGACGCUUAAGAGUCACGGAACAGGCGACGAGGCAUGCAGCACCUGGGCAGUUGACCGCAUGUCCACGACUAUCUCUGACACCAUGUUUAAACGUGUGACUGAGUGCCAUCCUCCUCAGGUGAACACCAAGCCUCCCCAGCAGGGGUCUACUGCUCCAGUCAAAGGCUGUCUCAACACUCCGUCAUUGUCCGCCAAGUCAUCAAAGAAUGUCAAGACAGAGAAACAACAACAUAUCUCCACCAUCACCAUCAGAUCACCCACUAUGGAGACCAGGGUGCAGCCUUCCCAUUCCAUCAGCAUGAAUGUAACCCCACAGAAGAUGGCCAAGGAUGUGCUUCCUCCUAAAAGCUGUGAGCCGCGGGAUGUUGCCAUGUUGUCAGGCCUAGUAAGCAUGGCAAACCUAGUUGAUAGAGUGCCUCACAAUCUCACUCAAGUCUCUGGGGCAACGGUCCCAAACUGUGGUCCAAUCAGAAUCAGUGAUGUUAACCAGCAGCGCUCUAUCAAGAUCAAGGCUAGAAUGUCCAGGUCCUCCGUGAACCUCCUAAAAACCACUGUGGAAAAGUUUGUGCAUAAGCUGACAGGUGAGCGGGUGUCUCUCCCAGAACUAGGAGAAGGAAUGUCUACUUCUACCAGUCCCCAGCAGUGGGCGAUGUCUCCCAGUCCUCAGCCAGGAAAGGAUCCUGGUAAGAUCGACAGAGGAAAUUAUCUAUUUUAUUUAUUUAUUAUGAAAUGUAUAAAUAAACAAAUAAUUCAGCCUUCUUCGCUAUUGAUACUAUGUAAUGUUUCCUAAUUGUAAAUAAAAUCACUCUCUCUUCUCUCACAGAGAACCAGUGUAGGCCACUGAGUGUUCAGAGGAGAUUCACUACCGAGUCUCCCUCCGAGCUCUCGCCACGGAGCAAACUGAAACGGGACGAGCUGAUUGGUAUGCUGUGUACAUUGAUGACCAAUUGCAUCAUUAGCUCCUUGUCUCUGGAUAGUGCUUUUCAGAUUCCAGUUGACACAGUCUCAGGUAGGAGUCCUGAAUACCUUUAUCGAUCCUUUAUGAUAUUCAUCACACCACAUAUUAGAUUGAAUUUGGUGCAAAAUAUGCCAUAGGCUACUGUAUAUUAUUUUAUAAACAUUUUCUUUCCACAGAUACAAAGGAAAGCAGAGCUUCUGCUGUGAAGUUGGGUAUGAAUACCAGAACACUGGUGCCAACCCCCCCUCCUCGCCCCACCCUCACUAACAGCCAGAGGGAUAAGAAGCCUGUCCAAGAGGACAGCAGGAGGAGAAUCCGACCUCUUCGUACUCUUCAGGCUGCCAAGAGGUAAGUAGCCCAGAGGUUAGAGGCAGACCAGUAGCCAGAAGGUCACUGGUUCAAAUCCAGGGCAGGGCAAUUUAAAAAAUGUGGGAACUGAAAUUACAACUGAAGGGCUGGUGGUUUCAGAUACAUUUUUGAAUAUCCUUUGCAAGAUGGACUAAUAAAGUUAUAUUUUUUUCUUCCCUUAUUCUCUAAAAAAGGGUGGUCAGCUCCAUGGACUUGGACAUUUCCAGGACCAGUAG